AUGGGCACAGCCCCUCCUCCACUCGCCAGCUACGAGUACCCAACCCUGCCCAUAACCAAAAACAGACAGGAGCUGAUUUCUCUCAUAGAAAACAACUCUGUGGUGAUCAUUCGUGGAGCCACAGGCAGUGGCAAGACCACCCAGCUGCCACAGUACAUUCUGGACCAUUACAAUGAGAAAAAUACCUCAUGCAACAUUGUGGUCACCCAACCACGCAAAAUUGGAGCCACAAGUAUUGCUCGAUGGGUUGCAACGCAGCGGAAGUGCACCCUGGGUAGUCUGGUGGGAUAUCAGGUUGGGCUGGAGAAGAUGGCUACCGAGCAUACCCAACUAAUCUACAUGACUACAGGAGUGCUGCUGCAAAAACUAGUUUCAGCCAAAUGCCUAACAGAGUUCUCACACAUUUUCAUAGAUGAGGUUCAUGAGCGCACAGAGGAGAUGGACUUUCUCCUGCUUGUUGUGAGAAAACUCCUUCAUUCCAACUCUUACCAUGUCAAGAUAAUCCUUAUGUCGGCCACCAUUAACUGCGGACAGUUUGCAGAGUACUUUGCCACACAAAUUCGUGGCAGAAUGAACCCUGCCUAUGUGUUUGAAGUGGAGGGGGCACCCUAUGCCAUUGAGGAGUUCUAUCUGGAUGAUCUCCGCAACCUGUUUCCGUACAGGGUCGAGCCACAUCAUCCAGAUGACCCUCGCAUCACACCGGAGAUGUACAAUCUUGCCAUCAGUCUCAUUCAGAGCUUUGAUGAAAUGGAAGGCAAAAAUUCCAGCAAGGUGGAGAAAGAGGGUGUCAUGGCUUCAUCAGAGAGAGGCAGCGUUUUGGUUUUCCUUCCUGGUUUAAACGAAAUAAGCUACAUGCAGGAGGCCCUGACGAAGUUGGUUCACAAAAGAUUGCAGGUUUAUCCUCUCCACUCCACGGUGACUCUGGAGGAGCAGAACGGUGUGUUCCUGUACCCAGUCCCAGGAUACAGGAAGGUGAUUCUAUCUACCAACAUCGCAGAGAGUUCGGUGACUGUUCCAGAUGUCAAAUAUGUGAUUGACUUCUGCCUGGUUCGCCACUUGGUCUGUGACCAAGAUACUAAUUAUCAGUCACUGCGUCUUACAUGGGCAUCUAAAACCAACUGCAACCAGCGCAGAGGCAGGGCAGGUCGAGUGUCUAAGGGCUACUGUUACCGUCUUGUUACCAAAGAGUUCUGGAGGAAUGAAAUGCCAGACCACAUGAUUCCUGAGAUGCUACUUGCUCCCCUGGCUACCAUCUUGUUGAAGGUGAAGCUACUGGACAUGGGAGAUCCUCGCUCCCUCCUCUCCACAGCCCUCUCUCCCCCCAAACUCUGCGACAUAGUUAGGACUGUGCUCCAACUCAAAGAGAUGGGUGCACUGUCAGUGAAGAGUGAUAGGAAAGGUCAAAAUGAGGAUGGUGAGCUGACAAUCCUGGGCCGAGUGCUGGCCCACUUGCCUGUGGACCUGUACCUAGGGAAGAUGAUUGUCCUGGGCCAUGUCUUUGGCUGUCUAAAUGAAUGCCUCAUCAUAGCUGCCUCACUCUCUCUGAAGAGUUUCUUUGCCAUACCAUCCAUGCAGCAGCUUGCCGGCCAGAGGAGCAAGCUGGCUUUUGCCCGUGGUACACCAAGUGAUGACAUAGCUUUUGUCAAUGCCUUCAAGGCAUGGCACUCAUCCAAAAAGAAAGGACAGCUGAGACAUCCAAAGGAUGAACUGGACUGGGGAAAAGAAAACUUCAUUCAAAUCAAGAGGAUCAGGGAGGUGGCAGAGCUGUAUGAGGACCUGAAGAAGCGUGUGUCCCAGUUCAACAUGCAUGUCUCAGAGGACAUUCAGUCCUCAGACUACUCGACCGCACAUAAGCAGAGAUUCAUUCUUCAGGUGGUCAUUGCUGGUGCAUACUACCCCAACUACUUUGUUCAGGGUGAAAUAGAUGAACACCUGGCUUCCAGAGAGCUGAAUGGCUUCAACCCCAGAACAACAGUGAUGGUGAGGAAUCUCCCUCCGUACGGUUUCUUGUAUUACAAGCAGCUGCAGUCUAUGUUCCGUCUGUGUGGACAGGUCAAAGCCAUUUCCUUUGAUAGCUCCAGAGCAUAUGUGGAGUUCUACAGGACAUCCCAGGACUCCGGGGUGCUGCCUGAAGUGUCUCUUGCACUCCUUCUGGACCGAAGAACCCUUCCAUUGGAGCUUUCUGUCUAUCCGAUUCAACUGAUAGAAAGCUGUGGUGACAACAGACACAUACCUUACAUUAAGUAUUCACGGAUGAAUGUGGACUUGCAGAGCCAUACUGUCUCUCCAGUGGGAGUUGUGAGCAGCAUCAUUGACCCAGAAAAGCUACCUCCCAACCGCUUGUUUGUGGUGAACAUCACAGAGGUUUUGGAGGUGGGUCAUUUCUGGGGGUUUCUAGCAGAUGAAGCCAGCGUGGAAGAGCAGCGCUAUCUGACAGCAGAGAUUAACAUGCGCACACUGCAUCCUGUAACUGUGUCGCUCUAUCCCAACCUGCUGUGUCUGGCUCCUUACUCUGAGGCCAAUGAUCAGACCUUGUACUACCGUGCCAAGACCCUGCACAUACGUGCCAGCACAGUGGAGGUGUUCUUUGUGGACUUUGGAAACACAGCAGUUGUAGCCAGCCGCACUCUCAGAGAGCUUCCUUCUGACCUGCAGUCUCAUCCUUUCCAGGCUCAAGAGUUCCAAGUUGCUGGAUUACAUCCUUCAGCUGAAUCCAUCAUCCAUGGGAACCAGUGGAGCAGCCGUGCCCGCAACCGCUUCAUCACUCUGGUGAAAGGUCACACCCUCCUCGUGUCCCUGUACUCCAUCCUGUACGGUGUUAUGCGUGUGCAGCUGCUCAUCAACACAGAGACAAGAAGCACCAGCGUAUUGGACAUACUCGUGGAGGAGGGAUAUGCUGUAAAGGCCGAGGAGAGCUGUGAUUCUAAGCAAAACCAUGAGGCCCUAAUGACUCUGUACAAGGACAAGGAAGAGGGUACAUAUGUCCCAGACUCUGCCAGCAGCUCCUGGAAAGAAGGCAAGAAAGAGGAAAAGGAGAUCAUUGACAGCCUGCUUGCCCACUUUUCCAAAAGCAGUCAGCCUUAUGCGAGGACAAAGGUUCGUCUGCAUGGACCAAGUAGUCCUUACAAGAUAAACUUCCACAGCUUGAGCCACUACAAGAAGGUGUGUAUAGAUCGAACCAGCAUCAACUGCUUUGCCCUGAAUGAAAAUCCUCAUGACAAACAUCAGAGAAUGCUGGUAGCCGGGACUGUAUCAGUCAACAGCACAGGUACAUGCAUUCUGCUUAGAGACACCACCCUCAUGCCAGACAUCCCUGGACUGCCUGCACUUAUUACCAUGCUCUUCACCCCUAUCAUGGAGUUAUGCACUAACGAGGAGCGAACCUGCUACACUGGUGCCCUCUGUGGCCUGGGAUGCAACAGUCAAACACAAGAAGCCAUCCUACCUGAGCAUGACAUUGAACUGGCCUUCGACGUCAAGUUUGACAUUGAGGACGUCACUGAGAUCAAUGCUUUGCGUGUAGCUAUAAACCACAUGCUGUGUGAAGGGCCCAACAGUGUCCUGCAUCUGGGACCAGACAAGAUCGGUCACCUGCAGGAGGAGUGUCGGGAUCACCUCAUCAGGCUGUUCACAAAGUCUCCGUCAAGGGAAGCUGUUGCUCCAGUGUACUACAGCAAACUGGAAAAGUGGAACCAGGUGGAUCCAUCUCUGAAAAUGAACAUCGUGGAGCCUGGAGGCAGAAGCAGCAGAGGUGCCCUUCUCUUCCAGCUACAUCCGGUGACUCUCCUUAACAGUUAAAAAGACACUGCUCUAAUGUUGUGCUAUCAACAGUUCUGUUAAGCUUUUAUUUACGUUCAGAGGACAGUAUUGUUUUAAAUUUAAAUGGGACUGUAGCUUUGAGGCCUGUUCAAGUUCAUUGAUGAUUUUCAUCAUGUCUACCUUUGUUGUUUUUCAGCAGUGGGCCAUUAAAAAUAGUCGUUUGCAACACA